UUUGCAUUUGAUCAAAUGAAAUUUGUCAAAAUAAAAUUUGCUCGUGUGCUUUACGACAGUAUUAUUUGAAAGCCCUGUACAGUUGUUUUGAUGCAGGACCCAAGAACACGGAGAUCUGUAUGUUUAAAUUGCAACUCUUGUCGAAGUUUGAACACAAUGUUAUCAAUCGUGUAAAACCUGGCGAAAUUGAAUAAAUAAAUAAAUAAAUACUUUCUAAACAAAGAACUUGCUUAGUUGGUUCGUCUUCAGUACAGUAUGUUGUUAUGAAAUGCACUAUUUAGAACAACGAAUUCCAAACAAGCAAGAAAUGCAAUGAAACUCGAGCAUCUCCGUUCGAGUCUCCGUUGAAAUUAUCAACUUUGCUUCUAUGGCCUGGCUGCAUGUGAAUGACAAAACGAACACAAACGCGCGCAUAAUUGUCAACUUGACACGAAGUAUUCAAUACAAAUUAUACAAUAACAAAUUGCGAUACAAAGUGCUCUCAAAUUACACUUUUUGCAAUUCAAACCAAUACGUCCGCUCCUUGCCAACGAAUUUUACUAUUGCAAAGUGGAAGCAUUGUAAUUUAGAUUUGUCCAUCCCUCCCUUGGUAAUUUAAUAUCCCAGAAUCUGGGAGCCACGUGACCAGCCGGCACCAGGGUCUUUCCGCAGCUUGGGGCGUGCGAAGGUAAGAGCCUGGGUACGAGGUUGCCAGCCCCAGUUGUAGUGAUUAACUACACUGAAAUCAACCAAUCAGACUCGAGUAAUAUUUUUAUGUAUAUUAUUAAUAUCAUAAAACAAAAAUGACCAAAAAUCAAUGAAAAUAUUUUUUAAAUUACAAUUUGUAUUUCAGCUCCCGUAACAUGCAGUUGUAAACAAAACCGCACUAUUCAUUAGAAAUAACUUUAGAGAAUACCGCUAGACAAUGUUAAACAAAACAUUGUGGCUUUCUUCGUGUUUGGCGAAUCCGCACCUAUACAAAAGGUUGCUCGUCUGUAACCGGAACGAAACGGGAAGCCAUUUUGUUUUUGUCUGGAGGUGAAUAGUGCAAGGAUAUCCGGAAACGAGCAACCAAUCAAAUUGCGCGAAAAGCACUAUGCACCUCCCGAGUAUAUGCUAAUAAUGUUUAUUCAUUUUCCCAUAUACACGUUGACUGGUAGGUUCUAACAGUUUCUGUUCUGUCAAACUCACUAGAUGAGUUAGACAAGCUGGGUAUAGAGUCGAUAUAGAUAGCGUCGGUAUUGUUAUAUUUUAAUUCUCAGGUGAAAAGGGUGUUGCGUACACUUUGAUGACACCCUCAGAUCAAAAUUUUGCUGGAGAUCUUGUGCGAAAUUUAGUAAGUAGAACAUUAUAGUUCUAAAGAAUAUUUGUGUACUGUUUUGGAGUAUAGUGAUAAAACCCCACCGACGGGGGUAAUAAAUCCUCGACGGCAAAUAUCCUGACGACAAAAACCCCAAAUUACUGAAUUCAAACAAAGGAAUUCAGUGAUAAAGGGUCACAACAUUCGGAUUUGUUAGUCACAUGGAUAGUAACUUUUCAAUAAUAUUUUUCUUUAUUCUUAGUACUCAUUUAAACAGUAUUUCCUCUUUUUUAUAAUACAAACAUUCUGAUAAGUAAAAUUGUUCUGAUAAGUAAAAUUUUAUGUAAGAAAUGAUAAACAGAAAUGUGAGUUGAGUAAUUCAGUAAUUUGGAGUUUUUGUUGCCGGGGAUAUUGUCGGUAGGGGAUUUUGCUGGUAUAGGGAUUUUUUGUACGAGAAAAUAUAAAAUUCUCAACUACGUUAAACACUUAUGUUUUAGGAAAUAGCAAAUCAAAAUGUUUCUGAGGAGUUACUUGAGUUAGCGAUGAAGGUUUGUUUGAUAUGAUAGAAGUAGUAUUACCAUGAAAAUGUUAAUCCAUGAAUCUGCGAUAAGGGACCGGUCAGAAAGUAAUUACCAGAGGGGGGUUGAGGAUAAAUGAAAUUUCAAGUACAUAUUUUCAUACCCUCCCAAAAACCUAUGGAAAAAUUUUCGUAACCCCUUCAAUGUAAGUGAAAAUUUUCACCCCCCUUUUCUAUCAAUAAUUCUGUUUUAAGGCGUUUUUCUACUAGGCGAAAUUUUUCGAUCGAACCGAAAUUUCUAUUGUUCAAAUUCAAAAGAUUUCUGUUUAGUUCCAUCUGAUUGCUUGUAAGACAAAAGAAAAUUUCGAUUCGGUCGAAAAAUUUCCCUAGUGGAAAACCGCCUUUAACAUUUGUCUUGCGUUUAUCUAUAUUUCGAAUCUCUCCAGUUUGUGAUAACUCUCCCACUUCUUGUAGUGGUAACCAUAUAUCUUCACUCAACAUUUUCCGAAGACCGCUGUUUCUGAUUCUGACAUACUAGCGAUAACACCGCGGAAAAACGUCUGCGCAUGCACCAAAUUAUGAAAAUUUGAAUAUCAAUUUCUAAAACAAAAACAUGCUUAUUAAUUGGUCAAAAACUAGUAAAACAAACGAGAAAAUAUAGCAAAUGGUUAGACUAGACAUUAAUUGAAAGCGUCCUGGCAUUUAAAGUAUGGAAUGAAAUAUAAUUCAUGUAAAAAUUGUUGAUUUUAACGGACACGACUUCGAACAUUUUUGCAAAAUUAGUCAAAACAAAAAUUCAAACUAAAAAGUUAAGAAAACUCUCGAAAAGUUAAGCUUCUUAACCCACUCAAAUUGUAGAUUAAAUCCUAAAGUUUAAUUAUUGUGAACACGAAAAUUUUUUAUAUUUGGCGACACAGUUUUUUUUAAAGAAAUGUAUCUCAAACGAAAAUUCGGAAAUUGUCGUUGCUUAGUUGAUAAACAAAAUGUUUCAGACGAUAAAUUUGUCAACAAUCACCUUUAGUUCAUGUUCUUGUACAAUACAAUUUCUUGAACCAUCUGGCUGUAUUUAUUCCUAGUUUUUAGAAUGACAUGUUUAUUUUUACGCUCGAAAUCUGGCUGUAAAGACGCACAAUGAAGUCACUCCUUUUUACCGCCAUUUUGAGCCUUCGGAAACCGUCGGAACAGCUUCUCAUCAAGUUCGCAAUACUAUUACAGGUAAGGUUAACGCAUGCGCAGACGUUUUUCCGCGGUGUUACUAGCGAUGGGUUGAGAGUAGGAAAAAACAGAAAAAGUUAUUCUUGGUUUAUUUCAAUUUCGUACUCAGAGCCAUCGUUGAGCUCUGGGGACGAGAUUGGGUUUAUUUCAAACAGAAAAAAUUUGCUUCCAUUCAAUGUAACACUUCCUCGUCAGGUUCUAAUGGUGCGAGCUUGCUAGCAUUGACAAUUCAGAUGUAUCAGAUUUGUAUUCCAAACGUUCCACGGAUACUGAGUCCUACUUAUCAUCUGACAUUAGUAAAACAAUUCUUUCCAAACUUAAAUUUGGGCACAAAUACAUUCAAUAUUCAACAAUAAUUAUAAAAUGUAAUUUUUUUCCCUACCUAUAGUACUAAGAUUUUGGUACCCCCCUAGAGGUUUUUGGGGGUUUUUCGUACCCCCCUCAAAGGUUCUGGGGUUUUUUCGUACCCCCAAAAAAUAUCCUCCAUACCCCCUAGUAAAUACUUUAUGACCGGUCCCUAAUAUGUAUAAUCAAAACGCUUCAGCUUUACACUUGAAAUUUCUAUUUCCAAAGUUAUUCGAAAGGCAAGAUAUAAAAAAGUAAUUUUUUGACGUCAUACCUUUGCUGUAAUGCCUGUAUUAAACUAUAAUUGUCUGCCUUCACGCUUUUCUUUAAACUUCGGAAAGUACCUACCCACAGUAUAUGAACACGUUUUCUGAUUGGUUUUCUGUUUAUGAUUCGUCCUUUAGAAAGAUGAUUUCUAUAGUUUCUGUUUUGUUGUAAUUUUCAACCAAUCACAAAGCCUGUUCACGUAGGCACGAGGGCACCCGUAAAUUUGCCACGGCGUAAAAUGGUCCAGGGCAUAUUUUAGUUGACACUUGUAUAUUCCGCCCCUUUUUCAUCAAUUAAAGCUGCUUUCCAGAUUUCUUUCCAGUUAAACGUUUUUGAUACGUGCAUGUGCGUACGGAAAAGUUAAUUGAAUCACUUAUGAAAUAACUAAAAGAAUAAAAGGACAGCAUUUAGAUUUCUCUAUCGUUUAAAGUGUAUAGCUAGUUGUCCAGGUAGUUAGUAUACUAAUAUGAAAUUUAAAAUUAUUUGAACUUUAUCCUGCGUUCCACUAUCUUUACCCAUGUAGAACCCCUGGUUCAAAAAGUCGAGAUUCAGAGGUGGCAAGGGGAAAAGAGGAAGCGGUGGUGUACGUGAAAGACCCGGGUUGGGAGCACCUGAAACGGUAACGGCACUUCACUUGUUACUGCCUCUUGCUUCUUGUUUAGUUCUAUGUUAAUAAGUGCAUGUGACGUCAUGGUACAUUAAUUAUCACUGAGCUCUACAGUAUAUAUAUCUGGAGCAAGAACUUGAGUCAUUCGACCCAUAAGUAGAGUGAAGCUAAGAUGGACGAAUUGACGUCCAAUAGCUAUGAAGGUUGCAUGUAAACAGUUUUCAUACCAUUUUCCCAGUUAAUUCCAGUUUUUUCUAACGGACCGUAACACUAAUCAAGUUAUUAGUUCAUAAAACCAUAGUAUUAUUCUUUAAAUCGAUGUCGAAAUACGAAAUUUCGGUACACUCCUUGCAAACCGUGCAGACAAAAGCAAUGACGCCCAAUAGCUCAAUAUUUGGCUUCAUGUUUUGGACUCGAGUUCUCGCUCCACAUAGAUAUGGAGCUCACUAUUAAUUAUAUGUUAAAAAAUUAUCAUGCUACCGAGAAGGUUAGACGUUUUACUAUAGCCUACAUAAUUGCCUUACGCGACCAAAAUGAGGGCAUCUGACUCAUCUGCGAUACUUUUGUGAGGAAACCGCCAACCAAGUACUCAAACUCAUCACUUUCGGCAGAGCUUUGAAAUGCUUUUUUUUUCUCAAAGAAGUAGAGACCGCAAGGAAAAUCGAACAGUGCCAUUCUUCGCCCUAGUAUGAUGUAGUAUAGCUGAAAAAACGCACUGUCGUAUUGACAUAAAUCCGAAUAUUUUUAAAAUUCGGGUUGAGGCUCCUGCACGCAAUAUUGACAUGUGGUGUUUAUGUAAGUAAAGCCUGACUCUUCAUUUCUUUUUAAGGCUUCAACUGCUGGUCCAAUGGGAUCAGCAAGAAGUUUAGCAUCAUAUUCGUCAUCGGUUUCAGCCUCAGCUGGUUCAGGUCCAAGCAGCAGUAGAUUGAAUGCCUUGAAAGCUGCAUUCACAGUAAGUAGCAGAGCAGCCAGCUUCAUUGUUUUCCUCACUUGCUCCAAGGCUGCCUCUCAAAGACUUUUUUAUUUGGGAGUUAUAUAAAGGGCACGUCAUGGAACCCCGGGCUGGAAGAAAAUUGGGAGAGGAUUUCUCGAUUGUCUCGUUUCCCGCCCAGAUUAAAAUUCGUCCUUUAUAACUCCCAAAUUGAAAUCCUUUGAGAGGCAGACUUGAAGAAAGUCUUUUGUAUUCUUACAAUCAGUUCCAAGUAAUUGAUUGCGUUGAAAGCUACAUUCCCGCAUGUAGAGCUUCGCAAAGUCCGUCGUUGUUUAGAAACAACGAAGACAAAGGGUUUGCGAAAGACGAAGGAAUUUGCGUUUAUGAAAGAUCGACUUGAAGCAAGACUACUUUCACUGUAACACUGUAAGUUACGGCAGGUCAAUUUGUUCGAUUACUUAUUUCUUUGCUCGAAACGUCUAACCUUCUUAAUUUUUCAUAUUGUCUAAGACCAAUAUUAAAAAGCGUAUAUUCAGCCGACUGCUAGCACUGAAAAGAACUUUGAAGAUUGAUUGAAUUAUUCAGUUCUGUCGUAGUUGUUAAGAUGCAACCAUCGUGCAACACCGCGGAAAAACGUCUGCGCAUGCGUCCACCUUACCUGUAAUAGUAUUGCGAACUUGAUGAGAAGCUGUUCCGAACGUUUCCGAAGGCUCAAAAUGGCGGUAAAAAGGAGUGACUUCAUUGUGCGUCUUUACAGCCAGAUUUCGAGCGCAAAAAUAAACAUGUCAUUCUAAAAACUAGGAAUAAAUACAGCCAGAAGGUUCAAGAAAUUGUAUUGUACAAGAACAUGAACUAAAGGUGAUUGUUGACAAAUUUAUCGUCUGAAACAUUUUGUUUAUCAACUAAGCAACGACAAUUUCCGAAUUUUCGUUUGAGAUACAUUUCUUUAAAAAAAACUGUGUCGCCAAAUAUAAAACAUUUUCGUGUUCACAAUAAUUAAACUUUAGGAUUUAUUCUACAGUUUGAGUGGGUUAAGAAGCUUAACUUUUCGAGAGUUUUCUUAACUUUUUAGUUUGAAUUUUUGUUUUGAAUAAUUUUGCAAAAAUUUUCGAAGUCGUGUCCGUUAAAAUCAACAUUUUUUUACAUGAAUUAUAUUUCAUUCCAUACUUUAAAUGCCAGAACGCUUUCAAUUAAUGUCUAGUCUACCCAUUUGCUAUAUUUUCUCGUUUGUUUUACUAAUUUUUGACCAAUUAAUAAGCAUGUUUUUGUUUUAGAAAUUGAUAUUCAAGUUCCCCGCCAUAUUUUCAUAAUUUGGUGCAUGCGCAGACGUUUUUCCGCGGUGUUCUAUUUAGCCACAUGCUGUCCACAAAUUAUUGUGGACAGCGCGUGCGCAAAUGAAAAUACAUGCUUUCAACUUUGCUCUAUCACAUUCUUGCAAAAACAGCGUUUUGCAGUCCCCCCCCCCCCUCCUUUCAAAAUUGAAAUGCUAAUACAUUGGUUGAGGUAAAGCUUUGUGAAAUACGUUAUCAAAAUCAACAUUGCAUGAACAUAUGAACAUUCAUAUUUUAGUUUUCAACUAAUUGUCCACAUAAUAUUUUCCAUGACUGUAGCUUCGGCACUGGUUAUAAAUUAAUAAACGUGAAAGUAGAUGAACUAUUUGUUUAACCUCAUGAUACAUUGUUGAUUGUUGACUUGUUGUUGUGACUUUAUUUUAGCAGGGUAGCCCAUUCAGCUGUUAAGCUGGUAUCCAUAGGGGCCCUGCAUUGAACGAUUCAGCAAUGAGUAAUUUAUAUUCUCACUUUCUUUUAGUCGCAAUACAGAAGUCAUUUCACUCUGUCAACUGCAAACAAUAAAUGGGACGCUUCAAAAGAACAUUCAAGUGUAAACCCACUAGAAGACCAAGCUUCACUUAAUAAGGAAGAAAAACGUAAAGUGAAGAAAUCAAGAUGGAACUGACAUCAGUAUUCCUGCUUUCUGGAUUACCUCUUGUGUCAGCACAUCGCGUGCCGACCUUAGGGCCUUGUUGUUUUACUGGACAUACAUACGCCACUCAGUAUUGGAGGGGUGGCGUUACAAACAUGGUGUCAACCUCAUAAAUGUUGAUACUUUUAGAAGGAAAAUUAUGAAACUACCACUAUAUAGAAUGAAAAAAACUUACAUCAUUUUCUAACUGUGCUAACUGCCGACUCUCCAACGUCCCGCGAGGGCCAGGACCGUAGUUCCCUGUAUUUUUCAUUCUCCAUGCAUAAUAAGCUCAGAUCAAACUAGCAUGACACUCGUAACCGAGAGCGACACUGACGUUGUAAUAACAUUGCACUUGACUCAUGGCAGCCAUGUUGGAGGAACUUUAAUGAAGAAUCUCACUAGCAGCCAUUGUUGUAUUUUCCUCCAACAUCGCCGCCAAGAGAUUCAUUGCGACCCAACAGGACCAGCAGAAGAAGAAAUUCGAAUUCUUCAUUUUCGUGUAUCGCGGAUAAAGAUUACUCCGCGGGGAAAUGUUAGCAGGCGCUGGGGAUGGCGAAGACGGGAGAACGCCCUCCUCCCCCGUAAUGCCUGCAGGCGAGGGAAAAGUUUGUUGCCUGUAGCCGGUGCAAUAUGCUUGAUUUACAUGAAACUAUGAAAUCCGUAGCUUAUGGUUGUAAAAAUAUUUUAACAAGAAAAGUUUAAAAAAUGAUAUAUGAAUGUACAUGUAUUAAAAUGCUUCCGAUUUUUUUGCCACC